CGGUCGCCAUCUGCUCCUCGACUCCCACUUGAAUUUCUCAUUCGUUUCGUUCCCACCACCCGCCGUCGCUGCCGCCGCUGUCCGCGAGCUGAAAGGCUAGCAGCCUAACAUCCCUUGACUCUUUUCACCAUGGACAGGCGGUCCUCCGCGGCCAUGACGUCCCACCAGCAGCUCGAGGCGGUCACCGACCUCGCCACGCUGUCGCCCGUCUCCGACGAUGCCAUCGUCGCCUGCCUGCGGGAGAGGUUCAUGAACGACAGCAUCUACACGAACAUAGGCUCCUCCGCGCUGGUGGCGCUUAACCCGCACAAAUACGUCCCCUCCAACGCCGACUCCGUCAUGUUCAAAUACGCGGCGGACUACCGGGACACCAGCGAGGAGAAGCAGCCGCUGCCCCCGCAUAUCUUUCAGCUCGCGAACAAUGCAUACUACCACAUGCGCAGGACGAACCAGGACCAGUCGAUUCUGCUCAGCGGCGAGACGGCUAGUGGGAAGUCGGAGAACAGGCGGCUCGCCAUCAAGUCGAUCAUCGAGCUCUCAGUCAGCAGCCCCGGCAAGAAGGGCUCCAAGCUCGCGUCCCAAAUCCCCGCUGCCGAGUUCGUGCUCGAGACGUUCGGCAACGCUCGCACGCUCUUCAACCCCAACGCAUCACGCUUCGGCAAGUACACCGAGCUUCAGUUCUCUGACCGAGGUCGACUUUGCGGUAUCAAAACGCUCGACUACUACCUCGAACGCUCCCGAGUCUCUGCGGUCCCGAAUGGCGAACGCAACUUCCACAUCUUCUACUACCUCGUCGCCGGCGCGGCUCCGGAAGAGCGUCAGCACAUGCACCUCACCGACAAGGCCACCUACCGCUACCUUGGCGCAUCCCGCGGCGCCCCCAUGAAGAGCGAGGACGCGAACCGCUUUGAUCAGCUCAAGGUCGCGCUGAAGACCAUAGGGCUGUCUAAGCGCCACGUGGCUCAGACAUGUCAGCUCAUCGCGGCGAUUCUGCAUCUCGGAAACCUGGAGUUCACCAUUGAUCGUCAUCGUAACGAGGACGCGGCGGUCGUGCGGAAUGUCGAUGAGCUGGAGAUCGUCGCCGAGUUUCUCGGCGUGACGCCGGCGACUCUCGAGUCCGCACUGUCGUACAAGACGAAGCUCGUCAAGAAGGAGCUCUGUACGGUGUUCCUCGACCCCGACGGCGCAUCCGACAACAGAGACGACCUCGCGAAGACGCUGUACUCCCUCCUCUUUGCAUGGCUGAACGAGCAUAUCAACCAGCGCCUGUGCAAGGACGACUUCGCGACUUUCAUCGGCCUCUUCGAUCUCCCGGGUCCCCAGAACAUGACCAGCCGCUCUAACUCUCUGGACCAGUUCGUCGUCAACUUUGCGAACGAGAGAUUGCACAACUUCAUCCAGAAGCGCCUCUUCGAGAACCAUGUCAACGAGUACGCUGCAGAGGGUAUCGCGCACUACGUUCCCCAAGUCCCCUACUUCGACAACUCGGAGUGCGUUCGCCUGCUGCAGAACAAGCCCGGUGGUCUGAUCCACAUCAUGGACGACCAGUCGCGCAGGCUGCCGAAGAAGACGGACCAGACGAUGGUGGAGGCGUUCCAGAAGCGCUGGGGAAAUCACACUUCCUUCCGCGCUGGUGGGCUCGACCGCAGCGGGUUCCCGACAUUUACCGUCUCUCACUUCAACGGUCCCGUCACAUACUCAGCGGAGAGCUUCCUCGAGCGCAACCUGGAUGCGCUAAACCCCGACUUUGUCUCGCUGCUUCGUGGUGCCGCCGAUGCUCAUGAUACGUCCGGCUCGGACAACCCCUUCGUCAAGGGCCUCUUCUCUGCGAAGGCCAUCGCCACACAGGCGCACCCGCGCAACGAAGAGACUAUCGUCGCUGCGCAGCAAGUUGUGAAGCCGAUGCGUGCCCCGUCGACCCGGCGUAAGAACACCAUCAGGCGAGGUGUCGCCCGCGCCCCGUCAACGGCUGACAUCGACGAGAAAGGAGACGAGGAGACGCUGCAGGAAGCACCCUCAGGAGGCCGCUCACCUUGUGUCGUUGGCGAGUUCCGCAGUGCGCUGGACACGCUCUUCGAGACCAUGGAGGACACGCAGUCGUGGUAUGUGUUCUGCAUCAACCCCAACGACUCGCAGCUGCCGAAUCAGCUCGAGGGGCGCAGCGUGAAGGGUCAGGUGCGCAGUGCGGGCCUUACGGAGGUGGCGAGGAGGAACACGGUGGUCUUCGAGGUUGGCAUGACGCCGGAGGAGUUCUGCGAGAGGUACAAGGACGACCUGGAGUCGCUCGGCGUCACCGAGGGCACGGAUCGGGAGAAGGUCGACCAGACGCGUGCUGCGUAUGGUAUGCUGGACACCGACAUCGUCCUUGGCAAGCACAAGGUGUUCCUUUCUCAUGGCGCCUUCCACCGUUUCGAGGAUCAGCUUCGGUCUCGGGAUACCGAAGAGCAGAAGCGCAACCGCAUGCGCGAUGCCGAGGCUGCUGGUGGUCUCACUGCGACAGGUGGUGACCCCUACGCGCCGUAUCCGACAUCACCGAACGCUGAGGGCGACCAUGUCUGGAGCACGGGCUACGGUGACGACUACAACGGCUCCAAUCAGCGUCUGCCGCUUGUCGCUAAUGCUGCUGGUUUCAACCGCGGCGCCGACAUGUACGAUGAUGAGUUCGACGAAAGCCGUUCGCUUCGCAGCGACGACUUCGAUGGACGCAGCCGCUUCACUGGCCGCGACGACUCGUCGAACUUUGGCUCCGAGUCUUACGCGCCGUCGAGGAACAUGUUCGGCAACGCGGACAAGAAGGGCCUCGGGGACAAGGAGGCACUUCCGGGCGAGAUCCAGGAUGGCGAGGUCACGGAGAUCAUCAAAGAGAGCUCGGCCAGGCGUCGCUGGGUCAUGUUGUGCUGGAUCCUUACUUUCUGGGUACCGACGCCGUGUCUUGCAUGGGUCGGGCGGAUGAAGCGGCCAGAUGUGCAACAGGCAUGGAGAGAAAAGCUCGCGCUGAACAUGCUCAUCUGGUUCAUUUGUGGCUGCGCGGUCUUCGUCAUCGCGAUCCUCGGCAAUAUCAUCUGUCCGACGCAGCACGUCUACAGCACGGGCGACGUCGCCGAGCACAACUACGACGACAGUCCCGAUUCUGUGUACACCUACAUCCGCGGCGAAGUCUUCAACCUGAACAGGAUCUCCGAGAUUCAUGGUCGCGUCGUCAGCGUGGUCGACCAGAAGACCAUUUUGGACAACUAUGGCGGUGGUUCUUCGGACGACAUCUUUCCUGUUCAGGUUAGCGCAGUCUGCAACGGCAAGGACGGCUCGGUCAGUCCGUUCGUGUCCAUGGAGGUCAGCAACGUCACGGACGAGUACGCGAAGUAUCACGACUUCCGCGCUUGGACGAACGACUCCCGACCGGACUGGUACUACGAGUCGAUGACGGAGAUGCGUUGGACAUCGCGUGUCGGUUUCAUAGGCUGGACCAAGAAGGAGCUGAAGAACAAGGCGUCCAGCGGGUCGUCUGUCGCGAUUAUCGACAACAUGGUCUACGACCUUUCCGAUUACAUCCAGUAUGGCCCGGCGCUCAAGUCGCCGGAUGGCACACAGGCGCCUACCGAUACAGACAAGUGGUUCAUGGACGACAGCGUUGUUGACCUGUUCAAGUACAACGCAGGAGGCGACAUUACGAAGAAGAUGGAGAAUCUGAACAUCGAUUCGGCCACGCUGGCGCGACAGCGGACCUGUCUCCGCAACCUCUUCCUCAUCGGCAAGGUCGACAAUCGCAACUCGCCCCAGUGCCUCUUCUCCACCUACAUCCUUCUCGUCCUUUCCAUAAUCAUGGUUUCCGUCAUCGCGUUCAAGUUCUUGGCAUCUGUAAACUUUGCCUCGCCUCGCGCUCCAGAGGACCACGACAAGUUCGUCAUUUGCCAGGUGCCAUGUUAUACGGAGGACGACAAGUCUUUGCGGAGGACCAUUGAUUCGCUGGCGCAGCUCAAGUACGACGACAAGCGCAAGCUUCUGCUCGUCAUUUGCGACGGUAUGAUCGUUGGUUCCGGCAACGACAAGCCGACCCCGCGCAUUGUCUUGGACAUCCUCGGCGCUGACCCGAACCUCGACCCGGAGCCGCUCAGCUUCUUGUCGCUCGGUGAAGGUGCGAAGCAACAUAAUAUGGGCAAGGUAUACUCUGGCUUGUACGAAUGUGCCGGCCACGUCGUCCCCUAUCUCGUAGUCGUCAAGGUCGGCAAGCCUAGCGAGCGUUCGCGUCCGGGUAAUCGCGGCAAGCGUGAUUCGCAGAUGGUGCUCAUGCGGUUCUUGAACAAGGUCCACUUCAAUUCGCCCAUGAACCCCCUCGAGCUGGAAAUGUACCACCAAAUCAAGAAUGUCAUCGGUGUCAACCCGACUUUCUACGAGUAUGUGUUCAUGAUCGAUGCCGAUACUACAGUGGAGCCCUAUUCGGUCAACCGCCUCAUCUCCGCAAUGAUUCAUGACAAGAAGUUGCUGGGUGUUUGCGGAGAGACGGAGCUGUCCAACGCGAAGCAAUCCAUCAUCACCAUGAUGCAGGUUUACGAGUACUUCAUUUCGCAUCACAUGGCGAAGGCGUUCGAAUCUCUUUUCGGCUCCGUCACUUGUUUACCCGGUUGUUUCACGCUCUAUCGUCUACGUACCCCGGACACGCACAAGCCGCUCCUCAUUUCUAACCAGAUGAUUGAGGACUACUCGGAGAACCGCGUCGACACGCUGCACAUGAAGAACCUGCUGCAUCUCGGAGAGGAUCGUUACCUGACGACUCUUCUGCUCAAGCACUUCCCGCUUUUCAAGACCCAAUUCGUCCGCGAUGCUCAUGCGUUCACGGUUGCUCCCGACGACUGGAAGGUCUUGCUGUCGCAGCGUCGCCGCUGGAUCAACUCUACCGUGCACAACUUGGGCGAACUUAUCUUCCUUGACCAGCUUUGCGGUUUCUGCUGUUUCUCCAUGCGCUUCGUCGUCAUGCUUGACCUGCUGUCCACCAUCAUUGCACCCGUCACCGUCGCCUAUAUCGUCUACCUCAUCUACCUCGUCGCGGGCGAGGGUAAGACCAUCCCCACGACGUCUAUCAUCAUGAUUGUCGCGGUCUAUGGUCUUCAGGCAUUGGUGUUCAUCUUCAGGCGCAAGUGGGACAUGAUCGGCUGGAUGGUGUUUUACAUCAUCGCUAUCCCUGCUUUCUCGUUCUUCCUGCCGCUCUACUCGUUCUGGAAGAUGGACGACUUCUCGUGGGGUGCGACUCGUGUUGUGCUCGGCGAGAGUGGCAAGAAGAUGGUCGUUCACGAUGAAGGCAAAUUUGACCCUCGCUCGAUACCGUUGAAGUCCUGGAACGACUACGAAAAUGAACUCUGGGACAAGGAGUCGAACCACAGUAUCGGCUCGUGGGCUCCACCGACGAAGAUGCACAAUAACGGCUACGCGGAGUCUGGAACCGGCUCGAUCUACGGUCGUGAAACGGUGUACAACGCCCAGAUGCAACACUUCUCGCCUGCACCGUCAUUGUAUGGCGGCAUGGGUGGUGGUAUGGGCACGGGCAUGGGUAUGGGUAUGCCAGGCAUGGGCUAUCCACCACCGCCGGGCUACCAGUCCGGUCGCAACACGCCGCAAUCCCAGAUGCGACUCGCGAACGACACGGGCCUCAUGUACCACCCAACUGGGUCCGUCUACAACCCCACGCCAUCUCUCCAUCAGCCGACGCCGUCGCGCCCGACAACGAACUACCUCGACAUGCCGGUGCCCACGACAGGCAGCCCAGACGCCUUCGGUGGACCAUCAGAUGCCGAGUUGGAACGCGCUGUCCAGGAGGUGCUGACGGGUGCCGACCUGAACUCGAUCACGAAGCGCGAAAUCAGGCGACAGCUUGAAGAGCGCUUCGGGAUGGACCUCACGGCGAGGAAGUCGACGAUCAACGCGGCGAUCGACCGCGUUCUGUUGAGCAACGCUUAGAGCCUUGGGAUGUUACGCUCACCUUGGACUUGCACUGGACGGUUUUCCUCCUUCUACGGGCCAUCGGAUCAUGACGCUAGAUAGUACGCUCCCUUAUGUUCCAUACCGUUUACGCCUACGUCGCUUCCCUCUCUCGCCCUGUCGGACUGUCGUGUGGACUGUGGUUCUCAUUUGCUACUCUGCAUACUCUAAUCGCCGUACAUUAUAGUUUUACCAACGGACAUCGCAUGAUCAACUCAUAUUCAGAGUCCCUAGUUCUCGAGCUCGCAGUCGGGCGAUGCUCUUCAGAGGUUUGUUUGAUUACUAGUUGAAAGGAUGUGCAUCGGGAAUCACCUCUUGGGCAACGCGCCCUCCUGCGUCGUAGAGAUCGACGGUAGAUCUCUCGUUUGCGACGCGGUAUUCUUGUCUGAC